ACCAUGUUGAUGGUUAAGCAUAUAACUUUGAUGUACCUUUUUGAUUGGGUAAUAAUAAUUUACAUUUUACUCUUGAAAGAGCUCUUCAAAUUCUUCAAUAUGUGGUUGAAGCAUGAGAGUUUUGAUGAUGCCGUAAAGGAGGUCUGGAAUAAAAGGGUUGAGGGCACCAGACAGUACAGGCUGUGUAGGAAGCUCAAGCUUUUGAAACAUCCUUUGAAAGAGAUCAACAGAGCAGAGUAUGGUCACAUCUCGAUCAAAGUCUUGGAUGCCAGAAACAAGUACAGAAAUAUAAUGGGUAAAUUGGUUCUUGACCCUAAUAAUCAAACCCUCAUUCUUGAAAGUCCUUGUCUUGCUGACGUGGAUGCUACACAACUCAUAAUGGAGGUUGAGAUUCAGGAGGUCAGGGAGGCCCUAUACUCAAUAGGCAAUAACAAAUCUCCUGGCCCUAUGGCUAUACAGCAGCCUUCUUUAAGGAGAAAUGGAACAUUGUUGGUCAAAACCUGUUUGGAGCUGUUUCUGAGUUCUUUAGAAGUUGAAAACUCCUCAAAUAAUUCAACCAUGCCACGGUGGUGCUUAUACCCAAGAGGUGAUCAGAAUUCUGUCCAGGUCCUAGCUGAUGCCCUUAAGCAUUUUUCUGUGGUGUCUGGACUGCAUGUGAAUGCCCACAAAUCCAACAUCUACCUGGCUAGACAAAUCAAGGGCAAUACACAAUUGCUUCUCAACCUUGUUAACUUCCCUCAGGGUAGGCUUCCUGUUAAAUACUUGGGCCUUCCACUCACAUCUCAAAGGGCAACUGAAAGAGACUUUGCCCCCCUUGUGGAAAUUGUUGAUGCAAAUAUUAGAAGAUGGAACACAAAAACACUGUCAUUGGGUGGAAGAUGUGAAUUCAUAAAAUACAGGUGGGUGCAUGCUGUUUACCUCCAAGGGAGAAGUGUCUGGACUUGGAUCCCCAAAAAGGGGGAUUCACACCUCUUCAAAAAACUGGCUAAGGUGAGAGACAAGCUUGUUCAUAACAUUGGAGAUGCCUAUGAUAAUGUGGAAGAAACUAUUAGUAACCUUUGGGAGGAGGAUGAGGGGAACACUGCCAAACUGUAUGACAUUUUAAGGGUUCAUGGUGUCAAGCAACCCUGGAUGAAAACUAUAUGGCAGAGUUACAUUCCCCCAAGAUAUUCAGUUACUGCUUGGAUGGCACUGCGCAAGAGACUUCCCACAAAGGUUAAUCUUAGCUUUGUGGACAUGGAUAGGAAGUGUAGUCUCUGCAAUGAAGGAGAGGAAACAAUUGACCACCUCUUCUUUGAGUGUACUAUCAGCAAAGCUAUUUGGAAGAACAUCAGAGACUGGUUACACAUUUCCCCUGCCCUAUCAACUAUUGAAAGAUCCAUGAAAUGGGUGUGUAGAAGGCACGGACAACAUGGGGAUGUUGGGAAGCUCUGGAAACUGGCCACCCUCAGCACAAUCCAUCACAUUUGGAAGUUGAGGAAUUCUGUGUAUUUUGAUAACCAAGCUGUCAACAAAGAUGCCACUGUCUGCCAAAUCAAGGUGGGAGUCUAUAAGAUUGUUUAUAGAUUCUUCCCUGAUGUUAUGAUUGCAUUGUAACUCCACCCUUCCUCUCUGGACAGAUUGUCCUGGCUUCUUUUGAGUUGGUCCUCUUAGCCUAACCUCUCCCCUCUGUUUGAGGGAUGGUUAUGCUUGCUCUUGGUGGUGGCUUUUUGGAAACAAAACUGGUGAUGGGUG